UAUCAAUUUGCAUUCUUCUAAACCCUUUAUAUGGUAUCAGAGCUACUGCUUUAAACAGAUUUUUUUUCCUUUUCGCUGCACUCCAAUUUCUCUUUUCCGGCUUUGCACUCAUUGCCGAUGACAACAUCUCAGUCCGGCUCCGCGGUAUCAGGAUGCUAUCCUCCUCAGUGCACUCCUCGGUAGUUGUACUGAGGCCGUCCAGCCGUUGAUAUCGCUUGCCGAUACUUCCGCUGAUGCGUGGUCUCGCNCGGAUUAUAUCACUCAAAGCUCAACUCGCAAAAAAUCCUCGCGGGAAUCGUACAAUUGAAGCUUUUAUUGCCGACAUGACGGAAAUCGCCUCUGACUUGGCCCUUGCAGGAAGUCCAGUGUCAGAGGAGGAUGUUGCUGUUCACAUUAUGACUCAAUUGGGGGAAGAUUAUUCUGCUAUAUAUCAGUCUUUACGGGGUCGUAAUGAUUCCUUUUCUAUUGGUGAACUAAAGACUAUCUUGGAGGAUUGUGAGCGUGAACUUCUUGCUCGUGCAUCUGCUGUGUCGGACGUUAUUCCCACAGCUAAUCAUCUUCAGCGUGCUCGCGGUGGUCCUUCCCACCGUGGAGGUGCCUCUGGUCACUCACGUGGAGGUCAACAUGGUGGUCGGGGGCCUCACAUGCAUGGCAAUCGGGGUGGACGCUUCUGCAAUUUCUGUCAAUACACGAGUCACGACACUCGAUUUUGCCGAAAACUACAACGUUUUCUAAAGGAUAAUCACGUCUCUAUUGGUUCUACCUCCUCCAAUCAUCCCACUGCUAACAUGAUCACAUCUCCUGGGGGUGCGAGUUCUGUUGACCCUCAAUGGAUUGUUGAUAGUGGUGCUUCCCAUCAUGUAGCCAAUGAUCCAUCUUCUCUAAGCACGCUUAUGGAUUAUGGUGGUCCGGAUGAAGUUCGUUUGGGUAACGUGGCUACCUCCAAUUCUCAAACCUCUCCAGUUCCCUCUAUUGUGUCUCCUGGCAGUCCCAUUGGGACGCAUGGGUCUCCUUCCCUCAUUCCUCACAGUUCCCCCUCUAUGUCGUCAUCAACGUCCACCGUCCCUACCUUGUCUAAUCGACCAGUCCGCCCGCAAUGAUCCAAGAAUACAAAAUAGGAUCAUGCUACACUUACACCAAAAAAUAUACCCCAUUUGUACACCACAGGUUUGCACAAACAUUUCGAUGGUUUACACCGACACAAGUGUUGGUGCGUUAAUAAAAAUUCACACGGACACAAAUGUUGGUGCAUUUAACAAAAAUUAGUUUUACACCAACACAAAGUGUUGGUGCAAAACUGCGGGGUACAAAUUGGGG